CGUCUGUAACUGGCGCUGCACUGUGACGCGGUUUUCUAACGUCCCGCCGCGCGAAGCCACGCAGUUUUAGCCAACUUGUAAACAAGUCAAGUUGCCUUGUGCUAGAUUAGAAGUCUCCCGACGUUUUGAAAAGUGCAUCAAAUCAUUGCUUGGUUUACAUUUCCGCGAACAGUGUGUGCAAUUAUUGUGUGCGCCCAUUUCAGUUUUUCUAAAGUCUAACUUGUAAUCACCCAGGAAGUAAUCAGCCAUGUCCAAGACUCCUACAGCCCCCACCGCCCUCCUGGCCGAGAUCAGCAAUACUGACGCCAGCACCCUGCACCAUGUCAAGCCAGAGGAGAAGAACCCACUCCCUUCAGCCGAAGAUGUCGCUCAGGAGCGGUUCCACAAAGAUCUGAUCGAUGGGGUCAACCAGUUUGAUACCACCUGCCUCAAUCGCACACGCACUAAAGAGCGGGGGAUUCUACCUGACACUGGCAUCAUAGCGGAGGAGAAACAACACCAGGAACACAUAGAGAACAUCAACAAAUUUAAGAGGACAAGUCUAAAGCGAGCCGAGUCCCUGGAGAAAGGUUGUUUGCCCACACAGGAUGUGAUUAACCAGGAGAAGACAGAGGCCGAGUUAAGAGAGAGGAUUGGGACCUUCAACAAAGACCAGCUGAAACACACCAGCACAGACGAGAAGAUUGUCCUCCCUAGCCCUGAUGAAAUCCAGCAUGAAAAAGUAGAAAUGGAAAUACGUGAAAGAAUUGGCUCUUUUCAUAAAGGGGACUUAAACCACAUCAAGACAGUGGAGAGAGUUGUCUUGCCUUCCGAAGAGGACAUACAGCAUGAAAAAGUUGAACAGGAACUAAGGGAGAGAAUUGGAUCUUUCCAUGUGGAAGACCUUCACCCCACUGAAACAGCUGUGAAGCUAGUUCUGCCAUCAGAGGAUGAUAUCCAACAUGAAAAAACGGAACAAGAGUUAAGGGAGAGAAUUGGGUCUUUCCAUAAGGAAGAUCUCCACCACACUGAAACUGAGGUCAAGGACAUCCUGCCCACAGAAGAUGUGAUAGUUCAAGAGAAGCAGGAACAGGAACUGAAGAACUCAAUCAAUUCUUUUAAGAGAACUAGCCUCAAACAUGCUGAAACACAGGAGAAAAAUCCAUUGCCACCUACUGAAGCAAUUAAUCAAGAGAAAAAGGAGACGGAGCUGCGUAACUCUAUUGAAGGGUUUGAGAAGAACCAGCUGAAGCCUGCUAAGACAGAUGAGAAGAAUCCUCUGCCAACUAAAGAAGAGAUUCUUGCAGAGAAGAAAAGUUCCAAAUAGAAACAUAUCCAGUCCAUAUUUCUAGCAGCUUUGUUACAAAGACUUUGUAAAGAGAAUCGGCAGCAGGCUGUACCAUCUACUGCACUGUGUACAUGAUGAUGUAGGACAGAGACUUGCCUCUACGAUGAAAUUCUAGCUACAUCAAAGGAUUUUUUUUUUCUGAAUUUAACUUAACUAAUUUUUUCGCAUUAGAAAUUAAAAUUAGGGUAAAUUAUUUUUCAGAGCAUCCAUUUUAGAUUGAUCACAGAAUAAUGCAUUAAAAUUAUAUUUAAAAGCUUAGUGUUAGGAUUAAUUGAGGAUUACUAAACAAAACUUUAAAAAUAAUUAGCUUAGGUGAUUAUCUAAUGUAGAAAUUUGAUACUAUUUAUGCUAAUUAAGAUAUGUGCUGAUCACUUUAGUCGUAGUGCACACUAUUUGUCAUUGUACACAGUGUCAUUUCCAGCAGGCCGUUUUUCUUACCAUAUUUAUCAUCAACUGAUGGUCAUGUCCAUGUCAAAAAACAAACAGUUAACUCAUUAGUCCCAGGAAAAACUUGUUAAAAUUUUGUUUUAUUUUUUUGGAUUUUUUGACUCCUAGAAUUUUAGGUGGGUUUUAUAAAAAUUUGGAUGACAUAUAAAUUAUUAAUGGAUCAGUUUAAUUUUGUUAUAUAAGUUUUUAAUGGAUUAGUGUGAGUUAUUGACUGUUUGGUUGUUGACUCUGUACAGAAAAUGUGUUGUUAAGACAAGCUUGUAAAUAAGUGCCUACUACUCACUUGUCCUGUUUGACUAGCAUAGCCUCCCCUUUCCCAUCACUUAGUACACAAGAACAAUAACUCCUUGCACAUUAGGUUAUCUCAAUCACUGGAAAUAACUGGGUGUUGAGGUAGAAGUUGUUUCUCUAACUAAACUCUAUUGCCCCUAUCAAUCACUUAGCUUUCCAAAUUUAGAAGUUAUAAUCACCAAUAGUGUGGAUAAUUUUUUGUUUUAGAAAAGUUUGUAACUUUUUUCGACCCUAUGUUUUGAAACGAAUUUUAUAGCAGACCAUAAAUUAACAUUCCACAAAUUUAAACUUAAAAACUAAACAUAAAUGUAUGAUAUUUCCUCCAAUUUUUAUAUUAAUUUGUUGGUUAAGUAAACUAUUGUUUUGAUUUCACUGUUGGUGCUAAUGUAAUUACUAGUGGUAAACAUAUUUCACCAUUAAAGCAUUUAAAAUUAUUAAAAAUUUACUAUGCAUGAGGCAACUCAAACAUUAUUUUUUUUCCAAAACUUAAAAGAAAUGUUAUGGCAUUAUAUUAAAAAUGUACAUUUUUUUCAGUCUUCUUAUAUAACAUAUCCAUAUAAUUUCCAUUCUUCCUCUAUAAAAGGGACUCUAUUACUUGUUAUACAAAUCUAAGCUUAAAGUGAAUUUUUUUUAUUUACUAUAUGCCAAUAAUAAUAAUAUACUGCCUUUUAUUUGAAUGCAUUUUGUGCAUGUUUUUGUAAGGGUGAAGCUCCGAUCAAUUCUAUUUAUAAAAUUUAAAAAGUGAUCAGUAUAGCAUUUUUAUUUUAAAUUGUUGAAAUCUAGAGUGGCAUUGGAGUUUUUAGAAAAUUUGGUUUUAAAAGAUGUUAAAAUUAUUGCUCUGGCUGAUGAUGACAACUAUGAAGAACAAAACUAGACUUAACGCACAUUGUGCUCUUUAUGAAAAUGUGGUACCUAACUUAAGCUCUAUCUUUUGUAUUAAACUUUUUUUUUUCUAUUCUAA